GUAACAAUAAAAAAUGAAAAGGAAGAAACAAUAAAGACCGUUCCCAGUUUAGGGUUUAUUUUUGUCGGGAAGUAAGCUAUAACUUUACCAAACUUGGGUUGUCAAUCGGUUUCUUGUUUUCGCUGAUCUUCAGCGAUUCUCCGGCAACUCCCGACUAGGGUGGAGGGUAUUAUGUUUGCUGGAUAUAUCCUGAGGGCCGUUUGUGAUCUUUGCAGAUGAGUUUUCAGGUUGUGCUAUAUUGGUGCUUUUUUUGAAGGAAUCCUACUUGACCAUCCUUACUUUAGCAGUAGCUAUGCUACCCACUGGGUUGAAAGAUAACCAACUCCGUGAGAGCAACAGCCAAAAGGUCCACCCCCAACCCAUGGAAGAAUCUAUGAAUCAAAAUCCUGAAGCUGUGGAAGCCCUGGUAUCCAAAAUAUUCACAAACAUCUCCUCGUUGAAGUCAGCUUACAUUCAGCUUCAAGCUGCUCAUACUCCGUAUGAUCCUGAAAAAAUUCAGGCGGCUGACAAACUUGUAAUUUCCGAGCUGAAGAAUUUAUCUGAACUCAAGCAUUUUUACAGGGAGAAUUACCCCAAACCGGUAUGUGUUUCUCCUCAGGACUCUCGCUUAGCUGCCGAGAUCCAAGAACAACAGAGCCUACUGAAAACAUAUGAGGUUAUGGUGAAGAAAUUCCAAUCUGAAAUUCAGAAUAAAGAUUCUGAGAUUAUUCAGUUGCAGCAGCAGAUUGAGGAGGCAACUCAGAAGCGAGCUAAGCUGGAAAAGAAUCUUAAGCUUAGAGGCUUGUCAACCAAAGAAUCAGAAGGUUCUGGGGAAGAAAACGGGUAUUAUCCUGUAGAUCUUACUCCUGAGCUCUUCAUGACUGCUGUAGAAGUAGCUUUUAAAGCCAUUCAUGAUUUUUCUAAACCUUUGAUCAACAUGAUGAAAGCAGCUGGGUGGGACCUUGAUGCUGCUGCUAACUCCAUUGAACCUGAUGUUGUUUAUGCAAAGAGGGCUCACAAAAAGUAUGCAUUUGAAUCUCAUAUAUGUCAAAGAAUGUUCAGUGGGUUCCAGCAGGAAAGCUUCUCAAUAAAAUCAGACAAUGUGAUGGUCUCUAGAGAAAGUUUCUUUCACCAAUAUCUUGCACUCAGAGAGAUGGAUCCAUUAGAUGUACUAGGACAGGACCCAGAUUCCGAUUUUGGUAAAUUUUGCAGGAGCAAGUACCUGGUGGUGGUUCAUCCAAAGAUGGAAGGUUCAUUCUUUGGAAAUUUGGAUCAGAGAAAUUAUGUAAUGGGAGGUGGACAUCCGAGAACUCCCUUUUACCAAGCUUUCUUGAAGUUGGCUAAGUCAAUCUGGCUUCUGCACAGGCUGGCAUAUUCUUUUGAUCCAAAUGUUAAGGUCUUUCAAGUUAGGAGGGGUAGUGAGUUCUCAGAGGUUUAUAUGGAAAGUAUUGUGAAAAAUCUGAUAUUAGAUGAAAACCAGAAGCCUCGUGUUGGGCUAAUGGUUAUGCCUGGUUUUUGGUUGGGAGGCAGUGUAAUUCAGAGCCGUGUUUAUCUCUCGGGUGUGAAGGUUGCUGAAUGACUACCGCCUUAAUAAUCUUAAAACCUGUUUUUAUGUGGUGUGUUUUAUUAUUUAUGUACUUCCUUGGCUUAUAGCGUGUUGUUAUCUUUGUAAUUGUAAUGCUAAAUUGUAUGAGGUGAAAUUAGCUUUCGUAUCAUGUAAAAGUCUCUUUCAUCGGAAUUUCCAAUGUGAUGGAAUUAGAAGCUUUCGUUGCA